AUGAAUAUUUCUUCGUGUACCUCAUCGACGGAGGCAAUCUCGUCACGUGCUGCGUCUGUAAUAGAGCCAAAAUUCUUGGCACUGUAUGCUCUAGAAUCCGUGUUCGGCUCAGCGAGGUGCCCAAGGUUCAGUGGUGUAUGCGGCGGAUCGAGGCAGCAAGGAGAAACUGCCGGGGAUGAAGUACGGCCUGGCAACGGGGAGCAAUGUGACGAACAUGGCCGGAAUGUCGCAGACCGAUCUAAGAGGACGAGGUCAGGCGACGGGGGGCACCAAGGGGAAAAAACCCAACAGAUACAGAAUCGAGGUGGUUUCACAGCUUCUGGUUUUUUCUCGUCGGAAGGCACGCGCCGUUCCGGAUCCUCUCUCUUCUCUUUUCUCAAGCCUCGUAUGGCGUUGUCAGGUCCCCCCGUCGUUACCCAUUCGCGUGAAGGCAUGUCUGCCAGUUGUCAAUCGAAUUCCCAUUCUCGCCUUUCUGUAAUUCCUCGCGACUACGCCAUCAUCAAUAUUCCGGUGGAGGUCGCUCUCCACCCUGUGGUCUUCCAAACACUGUGUUCCUUGGCGGAGACGCUGCGUCGGUUUGAAAGGACACUCAUGCUAACCGCUACUACGGCUGCAACAGCACUCGCCCUUGGAAUUGCGUUGCCCAGACUUCUUCAGAUCCGUGAGGGCGGAUGGAAUGUUCAGGCGGCAACAGCGGUCGCUGUUCUCCUCGUUCCCAUGUUCGUUGCGAUGCGGUGUACGUACGCCGCUGUCCAGUAG